ACACGUGACGCCUGCUGCUCGCCAUGCCCGUUGCUUAAACUGAGCUCGCUGUUGACUUUGUUUUUGUUGUGGUGCGUCGCUGCUGCCGGCGGAGGCGGUCGCGUCUCAUCUGAAUUCGAAGGAAAACAAAGUUUUAAGAACCCAAAAUGAGCGACGAAGAAGGGAAGGAGAAGCAGGAGGAGGCGAAGCCCGAAACGGAACUUGUAACUAAGGAAGGCGACAUCGGAGCUGAGGAUGAGAGAAUGCCACACACACUCACACCUAAACCAACCAUUCCAACGCCCACAGCAACCCCAGACGAGAAGGCUGAUGAUGAAGAGGAGGAGGCCGCAGCAGAGUGUGACACCAAAGCUGAUAAUGAUGAUGAAAGCCAACCCCAGGUAGAUAAUGCAGCAGCCAAGAAGCCGAUUGAAAGCUUACGCCAGGGAAAGGAUGCACCAGACAAGAAGGAGAACGAUGAAAGCCAAAGCCAGGCAGAGGAGGAAGCAGCCAAGAAGCAGAAGGAGAAUGAAAGCCAAAGCCAGGUAGCGGAUGAAGCAGACUCAAAGAAGGAGAAUGAAAGCCAAUCCCAGGAGGGAAAGAAAGCUGCACCAGCCAAAAAGGAAGAGGCAACCCAACCGCAUCAGGAUUUUGCCGCCUACGCUGAGCAUGUGACUUACGCGGAAAAUGGCGAUGCCAUCUACACGGAUCCCAGCACCAAGCAGGAGUACAAAUGGUGCAACACUAAAAACAGUUGGCUGCCGCAGAGUGGCAAUGGGGAGAAUCCCUACGAGAAUGAGUUCUACAAGUGGUGCGACGAGACGAAGCAGUGGCUGCCCAAGACGCAGACAGAGACUGAGCACUACAAGUGGGAUGAGGAUCAGCAUACGUGGGUGCUCAAGCAGCAGCAGCCGGAGCAGGAUGCCGUCUACAAGCUGGAUGAGCAGGGCGAACGCACCUACACGGACAAGGAUGGCACCGUCUACCUGUGGGAUGCUGAGAAGUCUGCCUGGUUCCCGAAGAUCGAUGACGACUUUAUGGCUCAGUAUCAAAUGAAUUACGGAUUCAUAGACAACACGAGUGCCGGCGAGAAGGAGAAGGCCGACAAAGAGGCAGCCGAGGUGAAGCGCAAAGAGGAGGAACUCAAGCGAAUGACGGCCGAGGCAGAGGAAGCCAUGGCCAGAGAGGAAUCUGGAGCAGCAGCAACAGCGCUGGGCAAGCGCAAGGCACCAGAGCCACCAAAAUGGUUCGAGAUGGAUCCCUCGCAGAACACCAAAGUCUACGUGUCCAACCUCCCGCUGGACAUCACCAAGGAGGAGUUUGCUGAGCUAAUGGGCAAGUGUGGCAUGGUCAUGCGGGAUCCGAAGACGCAGCAGCCCAAGCUGAAGCUCUACACGGAGGCGGAUGGCCAGAUCAAGGGCGAUGGCCUCUGCGACUACAUCAAGGUGGAAUCUGUUCACUUGGCACUGAAGAUUUUGGAUGAUUACGAUCUGCGGGGCCGCAAAAUACGCGUGCAGCGCGCACAGUUUCAGAUGCGAGGCGAAUACAAUCCCGCUCUGAAACCCAAACGCAAGAAGAAGGACAAGGAGAAGAUGCAGAAGAUGAAGGAAAAAUUAUUCGAUUGGCGACCGGACAAGAUGCGCGGCGAGCGCUCAAAGCAUGAGAAGACCGUCAUCCUGAAGAAUCUCUUUACGCCAGAGCUCUUUGAAAAGGAAGUGGAACUCAUUCUGGAAUACCAAAACAACCUGCGGGAGGAGUGCAGCAAGUGCGGCGUGGUCCGCAAAGUUGUCAUCUAUGAUCGCCAUCCAGAGGGCAUUGCUCAGGUCAACAUGUCAUCCCCGGAGGAGGCCGAUUUGGUCAUACAAAUGAUGCAGGGGCGCUUCUUCGGACAGCGUCAGCUGAGCGCUGACCACUGGGAUGGCCAGACCAAAUACAAGAUCGAUGAAUCAGCGGUGGAGGCGCACCAGCGCCUGUCCAAGUGGGAUGAGUACCUGGCAGCCGAGGAGGCGGAUAAGCAGGAUAAACAGAACGCAGAAGGGGAGAGUGCCAGUGCUUAGGGGCUAGCGAUGAACGCGUGGCCAUACCUGCGAUCC